AUGGAUCAACACAUCGAUCCAGCCAAUAAUAAUGUUUCAAGAGAGUUUAGUGAAGGUGUUGAAGUUUUCCUCGCAUUUGCUUCGAAUCAAAAUUCUUUCAAAGAGCGGAACACCAUGUUAUGUCCUUGCGUAAGAUGUCAAAACCGAAAGCAACGUGAUGUACGAACCAUAUCUCGCCAUCUUUACCGAGUCGGCUUCAAAAAUAAUUAUUAUCUAUGGUCAAGCCAUGGAGAGAGCUACUAUGACGUUGGAGAAUCAUCAACGGGAGGUCAAGUUCUGGAAGAUGAAGCAAGGUAUACGGAAGACGGGCCAUAUGAAGAAAACAUUCCAGGAGGAGACUUUGGAUCAACCGAUAUACCAGUGCAGAAUUUGACGGAAGAACCGAACGAAGAGCAAUAUGAAGAAAGAGUAUUUGAAGCUUUUGAAGCCGCCAAUCAACCACUAUAUGAUGGAUGUGUCGAAGGUAUUUCUCAACUAUACUUGGCAUCUCGUUUAAUGAAAGUAAAAACUGAUCAUAAUUUGGCGGAGUCAUGUAUGGAUGAGAUAUCACAAACUUUUAGAGAUGUUUUGCCACAACCAAAUAUAGCUCCUGGAUCAUAUUAUGAUAUGAAAAAGCUGACGAAGUCGCUUGGUCUCCCUGUUGUCAAGAUCGAUAUUUGUGAAGAUAAUUGCAUGUUAUUUUGGAAAGAAGAUCAUGCGUUGUUGAAGUGUCGGUUUUGUGAGAAAGAUAGAUAUCACCAGAACCAUGUGAAGGGGAAAAGACGUCCAAAACAAAGAAUGUAUUAUAUGCCUAUUACAGAGAGGUUGAAGCGUCUAUACCAACAGGAGACGACUGCAUCACACAUGCGAUGGCACGCAGAACAUGUGUCGCCAGAAGGAGAAAUGCAUCACCCUUCUGAUGCAGCAGCGUGGAAGCAUUUUAACAAGGUAUAUCCUGAUUUCGCUGCAGAAAGUCGAAAUAUUUAUCUAGGAUUAGCAACAGAUGGAUUUAAUCCAGUGGGUAUGAGCGGUGAAGCCCACUCGGUCUGGCCCGUCAUCAUAACCCCAUAUAACCUACCUCCUGGUAUGUGUAUGAAAAGGGAAUAUUUCUUUCUAUCUGUACUAGUUCCUGGGCCAAGGCAUCCAAAGAAGAGCAUUGAUAUUUAUCUGCAGCCGUUAAUUGAAGAACUAAAAAGUUUGUGGAGCGAUGGAGUUCAAGCAUAUGAUAUCUCGAAGAAGCAAAAUUUCACGAUGCGAGCAGCACUAAUGUGGACAAUUAAUGACUUUCCCGCUUACGGCAUGAUGUCGGGAUGGACGACUCAUGGUCGUUUAGCUUGUCCAUAUUGUCAAGACGAGACAAAGUCUUUUUGGUUGCAACAUGGAAGGAAGCAUAGCUGGUUUGACUGUCAUAGAAUGUUCUUACCAAAGGAGCAUCCUUACAGAAGAAAUGUUCAAGCUUUUCGAAAGGGGCAGACAAUAACUGAUGAUCCUCCACCAUGGCUGACGGGAGAAGAAAUUCUCUACGAAAGAAUCAACAGCAUCGAAGGACUCAAAAAAACUGUUGAUUGUGGAGGAAAUGGACACGAGAAACCUGGGAGUACUAUAGACGGCUACGGCAAAGAACACAAUUGGGUGAAGAAAAGCAUCUUUUGGGAAUUGCCGUAUUGGGAAAACCUUCUUCUUCGACACAACCUGGACUUCAUGCACGUUGAGAAAAAUUUCUUUGAUAAUAUUAUCAACACGGUGCUUAAUGUUCCCGGGAAGACAAAAGAUAAUGCAAAGUCGAGGAUGGAUCUACCUGAUUUGUGCAGAAGGUCUGAGUUACAUAUCAAGGAUGAUGGAACGAUGCCUGUCCCGAUAUUCCGGUUGUCAAAGGAAGAAAAAAAAGAAUUCCUACGAUGGUUGAAGAAUGAUGUAAAAUUUCCAGAUGGGUACGCUUCAAAGUUUAGUAGAUGUAUAGACGAGACGAAUAGCAAGAUUUCAGGUCUGAAAAGUCAUGAUUGCCAUGUCAUUAUGCAACGACUUCUCCCAUUUGCGUUUAAGGAAUUACUUCCCAAAAGUGUUCACAUUGCAAUUUCAGAGAUUGCACUUUUUUUUCGUGAUAUCUCUGCGAAGAUACUUAAGGACGAAGACGUUGUCACUUUAAAAGAAAACAUCGCAGUGAAGCUUUGCAAUUUGGAGAAGAUUUUUCCACCAUCGUUCUUUGAUGUUAUGGAACAUCUGGCCGUGCAUUUAGCAGACGAAGCUGGUUUAGGUGGUCCAGUGCAAUAUAGAUGGAUGUAUCCUUUCGAGCGAUACAUGUACCAUCUGAAAAAGAAAGUUAAAAAUAAGGCACACAUUGCAGGUUCCAUCAUUGCACAAUGUUCGAACGAGGAGAUAUCUACUGCAUCUGCAAACUUCUUUGGUAAUCCACAUGUGGUACCUGAGGUUCCGCUUCCCGGAGAAGUUCGGUUUACAUAUCAAUAUCCAGAUGUGCCUAACUUGUUUUACCACGAAGGCCGGGUUAGUGGAAAAUCUGAAGCGAAAUGGCUAACCGAUGAUGACUACACAGUCCUCCAGACUUUUCUGAUGUUGAAUUGUGACACAUUUGAACCCUACGAAAGGAUGUUUGAGGAGUUUAUGAUUGAGAGAAACCCGUAUAUGUCUAAUAAUGAUCUACAAAUUGCGAAAGACCAACAUUUUGCCAACUGGGUGAAAAACUAUGUUGUGGAAGCUAGUAACACGUAUGAGUUUCCGAUGUGGAUAUUGGAUUUUGUACAAGGUCCGCAACGUAAGUAUAAAUCUUGGCCGAUUUACCAUUCACGUGGAUACUGCUUCCACACACAUAGACAUGGCCAAGAAAAGAAAACCCAACAUUAUGGCGUCCAAGUUCGUGGAACCACAAACACUGACUAUUAUGGUUUGAUCGAGGAGAUAAUGAUGGUUGAGUAUUUUGGUUCCGUUGGACUGAAGGCCAUGGUUUUUAAAUGUAAGUGGUUUGAUACAACUGAAGGUCGGGGGAUUCGAAAACAUAAAUCCGGAAUCGUUGAUGUGUCUCCGCGUUGGCAGUAUGAGAAAUAUGAUCCAUUUAUAUUAUCUGGUAAUUGUGAUCAAGUUUGUUUUAUCUCUUAUCCACGGGUACGACAUACAUCAGCAAACGAUUGGUGGGCAUGUACAAAAGUUAUGCCUAGAGGGGUUCGAGAAACGUCUGAGGAUGCUCUUGUUGCGUUACAAGAUGAUACACACAACCAAGUUGUUGCACAGAGCACGAUGUUGCGCAUUGAAACAUAUAUUGUCGAAGAUGAUUCAGAUUAUGAUUCCACGCCAGUUGUUCCUCCUAAUGACGAAUAUGUUUCCGAAGAUGAAUUAGAAGAGUCUUGUACUGAUUCAGAUUCGGAAUCUGAUUCAAGUUCUUAG